CAUUUAAAAAAACUAAUAAUUAGAAACUGCAUUUAAAAGUAGGUAAAUAAAUUUAGCGCGGAUACGUUAGAAAGUUAAAAAUCCUGUGUGACGUAUUCAUACCGUUAGGUACACUUUAUCUUAUGAAUGUGGGAAUCUUCAAUAGAGUCAACAGCAAAGUCAAGGAAGAGGACGGAAUGUAUGCAGAGUGGAACUCCCUGCCCUUAGAAGGUGGGGGUAGAGGUGUGCUAGGAGCAGUUGGUGGCCGGGAUGUUGUGCUUGCUGUGGUACGACAGCUCGCCUCCCACCAACCCAGCCCACUCACCACUGAUGCAGAGGUUGAGUGGGUGCUAGAAGUGAUCCGUUAUGGCCUAUCGUUACCCCUAAGCGAACAUGAGGCUCUACGUGAUUGCGUACGCGUUUGCUGCUCCUGGCUCGCUGCAUUGCUGCCACCGGCGGCGCCCGCGCAGCCUCCGCCCCCCGCGGUACCCCCGCCGCUAGCUGCAGAGCCCCACAGAUACGCAAAUAAAAUAUUGAACCAUUUGCAUAAUUUGUUUGUGCCGAGGCCUAAUGAAACACUUGCAUUCAUCUAUCAAACGGAAUUGGGUGGCAAUCUUAUAAGCAAGCAAGCCGUGCUCUGCCACCGCGUGCUCCGGCUGGCUCGCUCGCUGGCCGACAGCGCGAACCUCGGCUCGCGGGAAUGGAAGUCGCUACUACUGCUACUUCUGGCCGCCGCCGCAGCGCUGUUGGCACCGCCUGCGCCGUUGUACGGAGCCGCAGAACAGUUGUGCGAGCGAGUGCUAUGCGUGCUCUUCGAGGUGUGGAUACUGGCGUGUCACAGGUGCUUCCCCGGGCCGGCGCUGUGGCGCACGCUGCGCGAGCAGUGCGUGCGCUGGCGGCACCGCGCGCCGCUCACGGAGCAGUGGGCGCGCGUGUCGCUGUGCCUCACGGCGCGCCUGCUGGCGCACAUGUACGGCGCGCUGUACCCCGCCAUGCCCGUCUGUGAGGAAGAUGCCAACCUGGUCCCGGCCGAUAUGAGCGCGGAAGCAGUGAUGCAGAGCUGGUACCGAAUCCUGCACACCAUCGGCAAUCCAGUGGAUCUCACCAAACCCCAUCUCAUUAGCCACACUCCUGAGUUCCUUCAGUAUUGGAUGACGGCCGAAGAGGGGAAAGAGGGUAAAGAAGGUCGCGAGGCGUGGGUGGGAUCUUUGGCUCACAUCUUCCACCGCGCUAUGUUGGGACUCGCGGCGCAUGUUGACGCGUUCUUAGGGCGCAGCACGGAGCGCUGGCUCGUCGAGAGCUCCGCGUCGGGGGGCGGGCUGUUCCCGGGGGGCCAGGGAACCCCGGGGGCCGCGGACGAGGGGGAGGUGACCCCCCCGGCGCACCGCCGCCUCGCCAAGUCGUUCAGCACCUCGCGACCGCGGGACAAGCCGCCUGAGAAAAGUACACCGCGCUCAUCGCUAAUGGGUCUGUCUAGCAGCCGUCCCUCCAGCGUUGUACCAACCACACCACCGAAUUCAAUCACUUCUCAAGUGGGCGACACAGAGAAGCCGCCCUUAACGCCACUGCGUCCCAAAGUGAACUCCAUCUUCCAUCUAUUUGGCGAAUGGUUGUUCGAAGCGGCUCUCGUGGGAACAACGCCGGCUAAUAAUAUUCCACAAAGAGCAGAAGGCACGCCGCCUCCACCUUCCCUGUCUGAGGCGACGCAAAAGCUCAAUAUGAUAAGCUAUCAAGCAGGUCGGGCCGUAGCCCUGGGUACGCUGUGCCGGGUUAUCUGCUCGAAGCAAUGCCGCGAGGAAGUGCUGGCGCCAUACCUCGCGCGAACAUACGCGGCCUUGCAACGCGGCCUGAGAGAUCCCGCCACGGCCGCAGCUGUUGUUUUAGAUGCUGCUGAUAUAUUUAGAUUAGAUCUAGAUGGCGUAUUGGUUCUCGUACCGGACUUCAUAACCGCUCUGGACCGAAUCCUCUCUGAACGUGAACCAAAAUUGGAAUGCGGCCCCAUAGACAAGCGGGAGCUACGGAAGGCGGCUAUCAGUCUACUAUUGUCUCUUGUCGCCUUCCCUUAUCAUUACAAGGGUUUGGCUGUACCGGAGUUUCCUGGAUGCAAUGAGUACGCGGGCAUGACCAUCGGGGACUACGCUCGCGGCAAGCUGUCACUAAUCUGCGUGUCCGCCGUACAAGUGGAGAGCUCGGAAGCCCUGGCCGUGCCGCUGCUGAGUGCUUUGUAUCUUUGCGUGCGCCACAACGCGUGUGUCUCCUCAUUGAAGGUACAUAGCGCGCCGCCAGGUUCGACUGUAUCACAUACGUCAGACUAUAAAGCGCGGUCGGAUAGCAGUGGGCCUGUGAGCACGGAAGGGUCACAGGACGACUUCGCAGCCGACGUUAGGGAGCUAGACCCAUCUUCGCCUGUUUUCGGAGCUGCUUUAGUAGUACGCGCGACCUACUUGGUAUGCCAUCGAUUGAUAUCAUCCUGGAAGGGCGAUUUACAAGUGUCGCUGGCUGCAUUGGAACUCCUCUCUGGACUCGCUAAACUCCAUUCUUCAAAACCCGAGUUUAUGAUCGAAGCGAUCGAGCGCAAGCGGGCUGUGCGUUGGAUCUGCGACUACAUCGGUGUGCAGUGCGGCCGGCCACCCCAAGCGCAUUCGCGGGACCUUCACUCGUGCGUAGUGGCGGCGUACACCUGCCUCGCGUCGUGGCUGUGCGCGCCGCUGCUGGCCGACCCCGACUGCCUCGCGGCUUUGCUCGAGGUAGUCGAACUGGGCAUAUCGGGCUCCAAAAGCCAGGGUAAACCCGGUGAACCACCAAAGAUGAAAGAUGAAAAGGAGCUGAAACCAGUCUCGAUGCGAGUCAGAGAUGCUGCUGAAUCACUAUUGAUGUUAAUAUUGGAACAGGUGGGAACAAGCGACGGGGGCAAAUGGUGCAGGCUGGACGAACGUUGGCUCUCAGCGCUGGGCCACGGGAAGCUCAGGCAUUUUGUGGCCGACGGCAACACGCUCUUGUCACUACUAGAGGAGCCGCUUGCCAACAGCCAAGAACCGCAACCUACUAUUGUUGUAAUCAUCCGCUGCGGCUGGGGCCGGUUCGCCUGGUCGCUCAGCAGCCGAGGCGCGCCGAGGUGCGCGGGGCGCGGUGCGGCGGCGUGCGCGCGCCCCGUGCCCAUGCUCGAGCCCCCGCCGCGCGCCCCGCCCGCCUGCCUGCCGCUACCCGCGGCGCCUCCCUGUGCCGUCGACUCAGCGUUCCCGACACUUGAUGCAGUUUUACGGCAACUGAAUGACACAGAAGCGCCAACUCUCUUCAAGCUUCUAGAACAACAAGCAACCAUAGAGAAAAAAGUUAGGGACAGUGAGGAUAACGUGAUGCCAGAAGAAUAUGUACCGCCUGAACCUGUGACGGAAUUUCAAACUGCAAGGUUGUUUCUCUCGCACUUUGGAUAUUUGAACAUAGGCGGAGACAAGAAGGGAGCGUUGCCGCGGCUGACGGCGCUGGACAGCUCGGUCGCGGGGUUCCCGGGCGCGCUCCGGCGGCUGGACGCCACGGGCAGCCGCGCCGCGCUCACCGUGCACGUCAUGUACGUGCGCGCGGGCCAGCGCUGCGCCGCCGACAUCGUCGCCAACGCGACCGGCGACGCCGUCUCGCCCGCCUUCGUGAGGAUGCUGCGCGGUUUGGGCACUCCGGUACGCAUCCACGGCCACGCGGGCUGGACGGGGCACGUGCGCACUAGCUACGACGCGCAGCCCCGCCUGCCGAGCGAGCCGCCGCCACCGCCCCCACAACAUCCGAUGACGCCCAGCGUGUACGACGGGCGAGAACAGGUGCUUUAUUGGUCGGACUCGACGGACGAGAUAGCGUUCGUAGUGCCGUCGGGCCACGAGCUCAGCGAGGCAGAUGAUCACAGCGACAGCAUGAAAUGCGACGUGGACGGCUCGUGUCUCUCUGUCAACAAGGGUGCGGAAAAGGCCGGCGGCUCGUGGUGGGACGUGUCGGGCGGCGGCGGCGGCGUGAGCUACGAGCGCAGUGUGAGCGAGAGCGAGCGCGGUGAGCGGCGGGCGCUUGACAAGACGCGCGCGCUGUCGCUCGAGCUAGACCGCCCCGCGCCGCCCCUCUCAGGAAGCGGAAGGCGCAAUCGAGAUUUCACACCGAAGAUACUCAUUAUAUGGUUGGAAGACUUCGAAGAUCAUCUCAAUUUGCCGCUAGACGACCUGGUGCGCUACUGCGAGACGGGCGUGCCGUGGCGCCGCCACGAGACUAGCGCGCUGUGCGUGAGCGGAGUGCGCGCGGGGCUGGCGCGCGUGCGCGUGGGCGGCGCGGGCGGCGCGGGCGUGCUGGCGGACGGCGCACUGCUGGCGCCGCGCCUGCUGCCAGACUGCUUGCGCCGCGCCGCGCGCUUCCUUGCCCGCCGCGCGCGUCUCAACACCGACUUGUACCAGCCACCGCACGUGCGAAGACGUCACCUCAUCCAGGACAUUGCGCAGCAAUAUAAGAAGGAUCUGUCAGAGCCAGAACUCCUGGAAUCACUGUUUAAGGCACCCUAGAUACAUUUAUUUGAUUGGUAAAAGAGAAGAUAAUUCUACAACCAAUUUUAUAUGAAGAUUCUAUUUUUAAUAUUGAAAAAUUGUAACGAUAAAAGUAAAAUUAACUUAAAUAUAAUCAAAUUGUUUAAAGUCUCGUUUUAGUGUCUUAUUAAUAAACGUGGCAUAAGAGACUAUUUACGCAGUGUUUGUCACAAUUCAGAACUCCAAAAUCAAUACAUAUUAAUUCUGAUGUUUUGCAACAUUUAUAAAUAAGACCCCUAUAAGGUCCUAGUAGAACGUUUGUAAGACAAAAAAAAUUACAGCUUUGACAAAAAUACAUGGACUAUAUCAAUCUAUUUAAAAAUUUACUAGGUGGCUACAAUCAGAGCUAUAAAUAUUUACGCAUGUAUCUUUACCACGGUUGCCAUUAAACCUUCAUAACUUGCUACACACUUGUUUUACAAUAUUUUAACUGUAUUCCAAAUGGAGUUCUUUUCACUUUGGCAUUAUGUACAUACGAGUAUAUAAAGGUGUUCUCGACUAUUCAAUACUCACACAAUUGCAAGCAACGGUAAUGAAAUACACAGGCAGCACCUCUGGUUCUUAGAUAGGCAAUAACACCUAAUUAUUGACAAAGUUCGCUUGAUUGCGUUCGUUAGCUCAAAAUAUUUAUUAUGCAGUGUGAGUUAUAAAAAUAAUUUUAUUUUUCAGGAUAGAAUACUAAUAAUUUACAUUCUUGUAAUUUGUUUCUACCUUUGUUAAUAACUAGACGAUUGGGUUUUUUUGACCAUGAGUUUAAAAUUAAACUCUUCAUAUAAUUUUGUUUUUUUUGAGUAUAGGUUACUCUCUGUUGUAUGCAAAUUACUAUUCUAUUCUGCUGGAAUAUCUUGUUAUAUACCCGUCUUUUUAAAGAUUUGGCCCAAUAUUUAAUGCAAAAGUUUGAACUAUUAAGCAUAUGUUUUUUUUUAAAUAUUAAUUUUAUAAGCAGUAUUUUGUUAGAUCUGCAUUAUUUAUAAGCAAUUAAUAACUAUGAAUAUGUUAAGACUGAAUUAUUUUAAUAGUAAUUAAAAUGUACUUAACAUU